CGCAGUGCGAAUGUUACAGAGGAGAGAGCAGUCUCACUGACGCGGACAGCUGCAGUUAACUGUAAUUCAGUGACUGAUUAAAAUUGUUUUAUAUACAGAGGACAUACAUCGUAUCUCUUUUUUCAACGGAAACGGGACUAAAACGGGAUUCGCGUUGCAUGGAAAUGCCGGACAGAACAAUGAGGUGGCAAGUGCUAUUGUUUAUCUCAAUCCUUUCUCUCACAUCGGUGCUGGGGCAGGUCAGCUACUCCAUUCCUGAGGAAAUGGCAAAGGGGUCAUUAAUCGGCAACAUUGCUCAGGAUUUAGGUUUAGAUAGAAAAAGAUUAACAUCAGGCAAAGCUCGGAUUUUUACAGGAGACAGCGCAGAGUACAUCGAGCUGAACAGAGAGCGAGGAGUCCUCCUUAUCAAAGAGAAAAUAGACAGAGAGGCGCUCUGUGGACAGACGACGCCCUGCGCUUUGCAUUUUCAGAUUAUAUUAGAAAAUCCUAUGGAAUUUUACACAGUUGCUGUCGAAAUCACAGAUAUAAAUGAUAACACGCCUUUAUUUGAAAAAUCUGACAUGAAAUUCAAAAUAAGUGAAUCUGCUGUAACGGGAGCAAAAUUCCUGUUAGAGAGGGCAAUAGAUCCCGAUGUUGGCAUGAACAGUCUGCAGAGUUAUUUUCUGACUAAAACCGAGAAUUUCGCUCUCAUACUGAAAGAUCAGCCCGAUGGAGAAAAGAUAGUGGAAAUGAUUUUACAAAAAUCACUUGAUAGAGAAAAGGAAGAGGAGAUAUUUCUAGUGUUGACUGCGGUGGACGGAGGGGAGCCAAAGCUAUCUGGCACAGCACAGAUACACGUUACAGUGCUUGAUGUUAAUGACAAUGCACCUGUCUUUACAAAGACUGUCUAUAAAGCUGCAAUACCUGAGAACGCCCCUAAAGGUACAGUCAUAACCAGGGUCAGUGCUUCAGAUGCUGAUAAAGGAUCAAAUGCCGGGAUUACGUAUUCAAUAUCCAACACAGCUGCAGAUGUACGAGACAUGUUUGAGAUUAAUGAAUUAAAUGGCGAUUUGAUCUCGAAAAGUAAUGUGGAUUAUGAAAAGUCGCGUUACUUUCAAAUACAUGUCCAAGCCAGUGAUGAUGGAGGACUCACAGAUUCAUGUAAGAUUACAGUUGAAGUGAUAGACAUUAAUGACAAUAUUCCAGUUAUUAAUAUAAUGUCACAGACUAAUAUGAUUCCCGAGGACGCUAAGCCAGCAACAGUUGUGACUAUGGUAAAUGUUCAGGACUUAGAUUCCGGAGAAAAUGGUAAAGUUCACUGUGCAAUUAAUGAACAUAUUCCCUUUACUUUAAAGCCCACAUCAAAUAAUUUCUUUAACCUGUUGACAGACAGUGACCUGGACAGAGAGAAAGACUCUGAGUAUAAUAUAACAGUGACGUGUUCUGAUGAGGGAGUGCCCUCCCUCUUCAGCAGCGUUACUCUCACCUUACAGAUCUCUGAUGUG